AUGUCGGGCGGGCCCCCCAAGGCCCUGCCGUCCACGGGGCCCCACUCCCUGCGCGACAUGCCGCACCCGCUGGCCGGCUCCAGCAGCGAGGAGGCCGUGGGCGGCGACAGCACGCCCAGCCCGGACCUGCUGAUGACCCGCAGCUUCGGCGACAAGGACCUCAUUUUGCCCAAUGGUGGAACUCCAGCAGGCACUUCAAGUCCAGCUUCCUCAUCUUCCCUUCUCAACAGACUUCAACUUGAUGAUGAUAUGGAUGGUGAGACCAGAGAUCUCUUUGUCACGGUGGAUGAUCCCAAGAAGCAUGUCUGUACCAUGGAGACCUACAUCACGUACAGGAUCACCACCAAAAGUACCCGGGUGGAGUUCGACCUGCCAGAAUAUUCUGUUCGUCGAAGAUAUCAGGAUUUUGACUGGUUGAGAAACAAACUAGAAGAAUCCCAGCCCACUCAUCUCAUUCCCCCUCUUCCUGAGAAGUUUGUCGUGAAAGGUGUUGUAGAUCGUUUUUCAGAGGAGUUCGUGGAGACCAGAAGGAAAGCUCUGGAUAAAUUCCUGAAAAGAAUUGCCGAUCAUCCCGUGCUCUCUUUCAAUGAACACUUUAAUGUUUUCCUUACUGCUAAGGACCUGAAUGCCUACAAGAAGCAAGGGAUGGCACUGCUGACCAGAGUGGGCGAGUCAGUCAAGCACGUCACUGGAGGAUACAAGUUGAGGAGUCGGCCUCUUGAGUUUGCAGCCAUCGGUGAAUACUUAGAUACAUUUGCACUCAAACUGGGAACCAUUGACCGAAUAGCUCAGCGGAUCAUCAAAGAAGAAAUAGAGUACCUUGUGGAGCUGAGAGAAUAUGGGCCUGUGUACUCCACGUGGAGUGCGUUAGAGGGCGAGCUGGCGGAACCCCUGGAGGGCGUGUCUGCUUGCAUCGGCAAUUGCUCUACAGCCUUGGAAGAGCUGACAGACGACAUGACGGAAGACUUUCUACCUGUGCUCAGGGAAUAUAUUUUAUAUUCUGACUGCAUGAAGAGCGUGUUGAAGAAGAGGGACCAAGUGCAAGCAGAGUACGAAGCCAAACUGGAAGCUGUGGUUCUGAGAAAGGAAGACCGGCCCAAGGUGCCUGCAGAUGUUGAGAAAUGUCAGGACCGGAUGGAGUGUUUCAACGCCGAUCUGAAGGCUGACAUGGAGCGGUGGCAGAACAACAAGAGGCAGGACUUCCGGCAGCUGCUGAUGGGGAUGGCAGACAAGAACAUCCAGUAUUAUGAGAAGUGCCUCAUGGCGUGGGAGUCUAUUAUUCCACUGUUGCAGGAGAAGCAAGAGGCCAAGUAAGUUUCUUCUUGGGACAGAGACUCUUCUACCUACUACAUGGGGUACAGCACCCCACACCGGAAUGUCCCUGCUGUACCAGAGGCAGCGCACUGGGAAAACAACCACAGAAACAUCUCUCCUUUGUGUAUUUUUUUCCUCCCUUCCCCUUCCUUUGUCUGACAGUUAUUUUCAACUAGUAUUUAUUCCUUCAUGGAGUCUAUAAGGCUAUAAUCAUCUCUCAGCAAAAAAAGCAUACCUCCAUGUUGUGAAGGAACCGAAUGGAACACUAUGAAGAUUCAAGACCCGGGGUCAAGACAGCCCGUGGCAGACGUUCUGCCAUCUCAUGACAGUUUACACUACAGGACAGUGGAGUUGCCUAUUGCGGGAGAGAACCCAGAUCCGCCUGAGCAGAAGCUCUUGCUCUCUUUGGCUACUUGGCGGCUCUGAAAUUGACCUCCAUGGGCACUGACUUGUCUCAGCUUAGAAGGAGGGGGAUGCAUCUCUGUGUGAAGUUCUUAAUGUUCAGUGGUCUGUACCUGUGAGCGUGGCCUGCACCUGCUUGUGAUGAGGACACCUGUUUUAUGGUUCCUGGUUCAUACCUGGCCAUUUAACUCUGUGCCUCUGUGCAUCCAUGGCAGCAUGAGCAGGCCAGCAUCCUUGUCUUUAUGCCUUGGGAAGCUAUGGGAGGGGGGGUUGCUCCCCGGCUCCCCAAACUUGUUUCUGACACUAGAAUGCAGUAGAUUGGAAAUUGUCUUUGUGUAAAAUGAAAAAAAGGUGCAUUUUUCUUUGUGAAGCUCUUCAAUGUUUUUCUUUGGCUUGUCACAUGUCAUUGGAGUAGAGACUAGGCCAGUCAGGGGGUGUCUGUGGUCGUGAAGUCAGCAGCGCCCAGGUUGCUGAGAUCUGUGGGCAUAUACCAAACCCACCUCUGCCGCCUGCUUUGUGCAAUUUGCCUUUACCUCACCAAAAAUUCUAGCUUAAUGUUUUCUGUCAUGUCCACUGAGUGUUAGGCAGCUUUUUGGUGAGAGGCUAGUAUGUUGUUACGACACUGUCGAGAUUGGUAAACUCAGUGUGAAUGUUCUACAUAAAGUGCUUUAACUAAGUAUUUCCUGGUCAGGAGGAAAGGUCAGCACCUGGACAGGCCUGCCAGGUGAUAAGGGCAGCAGCAGCUCUUGGCUGCUAAGUUAGAAGCCUCAAUUUGUGGCCUAAUUCCUGAGGGCUGCUGGCUGCAGCUAACGUCAUUUCAAACUGUGACCAGGUUUACUUUUCAAAUCAACACGGAACAGGCAGGCCAAAAGGAUCUGUCUUCUAGCUCAUUUUUUUCCUCCUGAAGUGAAGCUACAUGUAAUUUCUGGCCCCUCAUUUUAUGCUCAUCCCCAUAAAAUCACACAUCCGAGCCUCCAGUAAAUGGUUUAAUGGAACAGUGGUGCUGAGGCGCGGCUGCCUAGGCAGGUUAACCUGCAAACGUCCGUCGGCGCGCAGCGUGUGGAAGGCACUUGAUUCUCCUUCUCACCACUGACUUGACCUUGCAUUAGCUCUAGCUGGGAGGCUGUUGGGAUGAUAAUUGGAUGGCACAGAAUGGUUUGGUUCUGUUUAUCAUGUCUGAAAAAGUUGCAGUUUAAAAUAUAAUUUUGAUAACAGUUGGUACUGUUAGACCCCAUCCGUGCCAUGCCCAGAUCCUUUGAUGUGAAUUUUCAGUGUGGUACAAUUAGAAAUGUUUCACUAGGCAGAAGGGUAGGGACAGUCCCUCUGCCCCGAGUGAUGAUUCAGUGUUUCAUUCUACCUCUGAACCAUCGUGUUGCUGUGGGUCUGGAUGGGUGGUCCAGCCUGACAUAAUUGGGGGACAUGUCUAAUAGUGGGUUGAUGGCUCUCUGUGAAUACCUGGCAGAAGACAUGACUAAUCCAGCAGCAAAUACUCACCUUGGUUAGGUGUGAAGCCAGCCUUGCCUUGUGGAAAUGUGCUUUUAAAAUGUCAGUGUAAAGAAUGCUGGAAAGAACUGUGAAAAAGGUUACAGCAAGAUCAGAGUCUGUUGCUAGUUGCCAAAGUCCAGGGACAUUCCCAUGGAAGUAUUAGUUGGGAAAGAAGGCAGCCUUUCAAAAAAAAAAAAAAAAAAAAAAAACCACAAAACCCAUUAGUUUCCAUGCUGGGCUAUACGGGGAGGAGACUGGGGGACACAGUCAUUCGCUCUCAUUAUUGAAGGCAAAAGGAUUCGAGCCUCUUGGGAUUUUCCUUCUCUGUUUGGUCCCCAUGUGAUGUUCCUAUGCUUUAAGACACCAGGGGAGGCGGGGAGCCUGGAGCAAAACAACCUGGUCCCCCAGCAUCGGUAGUGGAGCUGGGAAGCAAGUGAAUGGUGCAGACUUCCUUGGAAAAAUGAUCUUUCUAGAGAAGGGACUCUUGUCCCUUUCUUGACUUGAUGAGGGGAGGAGGCUGACCCAGAAGGAAGGGAGUUGCAGUUCGUGAAGGAGACUCUCCAGCCCUUCCCACCUGCAAGGCCCCGUUGGGCCCCUGGGGGGUCGGCAUCCCCAAGCCUUGCCCUUUUCAUGGAUCAGCACAAUGGUGGUUCCCUAUGAGAAGUUUAACUCAGAGACUUCUGUGCCAAAGACUACCUCCCAGAGGCUUCCUCACCCCGUCCUUCCAGGCUCCACAGAAUCGAGGUGCUGAGAUCACUGGCUUCUCCCUAGUUUUUAUUUUCCAGGAGAUCUAGGCCUGAGGACAUGCCUUACCUCGGGCAGACAGACAUGGACAGGUUUUGAGACUCAAGUCUUGGCAGAGGAAUGAGUGUCAUUCCUUCAACUGCCCUUGCAGCCUGGGAAGUGAAAGGUUUCAUUCACUCAGCUUAAAAACCUAGGAGAGGGCUGAAGAGAGUUCUUAGAAACACUGAGCUGGCUAUGGCCCUGAAGAACAUGUGUGUGGUCUUAGCAAGUGUGCACACACCGCUCCUGUUCACACUCUAGCUCCUCUCUUGGAACGAGGAGCCUCUCCACUAAGGCAGCAGGGAACAUGCUCCACAUCUGGACUCGGGGUUGGGCUUUAUCCUUUAAUAAGCCUUCAGAGUGAUUCCUGGUGAACUCAGAUCGGUGUGAUUAUGGAGGCAGCCAGCUCGUAUUUCCCGGUGCUGCUGCUUAGCUUCACCAGAUACCUUUCUUGAGCUGAAAAACAAAAACCAGCAUGACUCCGGAGAUCAGGGUGAAUGAAACAGAAGUUUGUCUUGCCAAAUCUCAGCCACACCCAGAGGGCGCUGUCCAUGUUGAUUUGAAUAUGUUUUCUCGGUGGCCAUCCACGUGAGAAAACUGCAAACUUGCUCCUUGUUUCUUAUGAGGUUGCCUCUAGUGAUGGGACCAUGGGAAGUCCUACUUUAGUGUGAGGGCAUGAUGGCUGAGUCACUGUCUGUGAGUGAGGUUUCUCUCUCAGAUGAAAUCAGCUCCAGAACACCCAGAGUUCUUUUGAGUUGGCCCUGCAGUGUGGCGUUGACACCGCUGGCCCCUGGCUCUGACUCAGCACCAUUCAUCAGGCUGCAGAAUAAUCAUCCUAUGCACUGUAUUCCAAGCAGCCGGGGCAGACGCCAGCUAGGGCUAAGGCCUGUAUAGACUCAUCUGUUUGGGUCUUGCAGUGGGGAGACCAGGUUCUGUUCUGCCCUAAACAGUGCUUCUGCUCAGAAAAUGGGCCUCUUGUGAUCAGGGCAGGGCAUCCCGGUGCUGAACCCUGCCUUCCUAGACACCUAAUUUCAGGGCCUGUGGAAACUGGGUAACCUAUUGAGAAGACAGAGGUAACAUGUUGGAGCCACCCUCAUUUACAAAAUGAUGCUGGGAAUUUGGGUUGGCCUCCUACUUUCAAAAGUCCACAGGAAGGUCACAGCUGGGACAUACCCGCUCACUUCUUAGACUCAUUCUUUUCAGAGGGCAGGUGGCAUUUAUCUGUAAAUUUGAGGAAAAUGUCAUCCCUUGAGCCAGAUUUACAGAUGGCGCUGGGUGUGCUGGAGUUCUCUUUCUCGUAGUUCUUAAUAGUGAAUAAGCCAGGAACCUGAUUUUCCAUCAGCCCUCCCUGGACCUGGUUUGUUUUUUCAUUUGAAGGAUGUCUGCUCUCUGUCUAGGUACACAGAUUAGAGCACACGCAAAACCCUCUAGACUAGCAGAGAUGGAGGGGGCUUAGUUGCAGGAGAUUUGACUGAUCUUCCUUAAUCAUUCAUGUUUGAAAUGCAUCCUGGGUACGGCGGUCUAACCCUUUUAUGUGGCAGAAGAAUUUGUUAUCCAGGUAGCUUUUACUACUACAGAUAGAUUGUAAAUAAAUACUUUGAAAGAAAUGACUUUAACAGACCAACAAGAUAAUUGGUUUGUUAAACAUCCCGUGUAUUUAACACUUGAAAACCAACAAAUUCAGACUUUUGAAAAUGCCACAGACUGUUAAAAGCCUAAGUCUACUUUUUGAGAAUUGUUCAACAACUAUUAACAUACGCCUUAUUCUUCAACUAGUGUUUUUUCAAUUCUCGACAGAAGGAGUUUUCAAAAAAGCAUUCAGUCAUUCAGCUUAAAUGCUAAGCUCGGACACAGCCGGUUCUCAGUCCUCUUCAAGAAAGACACAAGAACGUGAGGGUCAAAAUUAGGAUUGCCUUUUGGGAGGAAAAAGCUAAGGAUUGCUAUUGCCAAAUAAUAUUUUUGAUAAUGUAAGGAAAUACAGGGACCACGAACAUGUUUAGUUUGUCUGUUUUGAAGUGUGAAAGAUUAAUUUAGUGCCUCCUGGCACAUUGUGACUGUAGAGGGCAUGAGGAAUCAGCAUUGACAAAUCACACAGAUACAAAGAAUUCUCUAGAUUAGGACAAUAUUAAAAGGUUUACCCCGAUUCCACAAAAUAGCUUUUUAAAAGAUACUGUGGGGACUCAGAGCAGCUUGUUUCAAAUAGAAAUCCUCCACAGGUCAAAAUAAAUGCCAAAACCAAAACAAAUUAUGUUGACUGAUGGAACUUUGUCCAUUUUAACAGAGCCUUUAAGAUUGAGACCAGCGAUUGUGUGUUGCACCCACCUCCCCCAGCAGCACUGUCCCCACUGGGCCAAGAUGGGCAUCCUGUGGGCCAGGUUGGAGCUGGUCACACCUGUUCACACCUGUUCACACCCCUGUUUGGCAGGCUGGUUUAGUUUCAGACCAACCCUGCAGUCACAAUGAUACUGGAAGGAGGAAAGGGAGAAUCAUGUCUUUUUCCAGUGUGGAAAUGGGGAGAGGAAGGUAGAUUUCAAACAAAAAUGUGAAUCGCUAUGAUGAAGCGACACCUGUAUCAGCCAGGCCUUCAUCAGAUAACUAACCAGCAGCUCAUAGCGCAGCAUGCUCACCUGGUCCUAUCCAGUAGACGGUCCUGUCCAGUAGACACCCUUCCACUGGCCCCAUGUGCCUGGUUCCCUGAUGUCCUUGAGCUGGGAAUGCCUGGAGAGAUGAUGUGCAUCUGAUAUAUUCCCAUGAAAUCAACUGCCAGCAAACUUUCUAACUUGUAUUUUAACAGUUUAAAAAGAGAUUUAAAAACUUUUGCUUAAGUCAGGUCCAAAUGAUGGAAUGUGCUUCUUAUUUUUAGAAAUCAUUCUUUACAUUUAAAAAUUAAAAAAAAAACCCUCUGAAGUAUUGAUCAAGUCCUCUGUUUUCUCCACAUUGCCAUUAAGCCAAAACAAAAGCUAUGAAAAAAAAAAGUGCUCCCGAAUGUGUGUAGAUGAGAUGUGCUUUACUUUCAGGUGGAGUCUUUGUUUCGUGAUGCCACCAACCUUCAAAAAGAAUGUUCCCUCUUCCCCCUUGUUAUGGAACCCAGAGACUGUCAAGAGGAAAAAAAAAUUUUUUUCGUUGCAUUUUUGAUGCUGGCACGAGGUUUUUGUCCACUUUUUUCCAUAUAUCUGUGUAUAAAAAAUUCUGUUCAUUGUUUACUAUGGGAUUAGUAUUACAUUUUGAGGUAAACAAAAGAAUUUGUAUUGCUUGAUAAACUAUUAGCUUGUAAAUUUGAAAAGGUUUCUUUACCUCUAUUAACUUAAAGUAAUGGACCAAUAAACCUAUAAAAGAUGCUUUCUUUAUCAUGUGUCGU